CCCGUUUCUGUGGCAGGCAGUCCAACCCCGUUUUCCAUCCUGCAGUCAGUUUCUCCCCAGCCAGCCAGGAGCACACAGCCUCGCAAGCAGCGGAUGAAACCGGAAGUCUGACAGCUUGAGUCUGCAGUGGGACCCCUAGUGUUUUCCCACUCCAUGUCCUGGCAUCGUUCCCCAGAAGUACAAACACACACACACACAGAGCUCCCAUUGUUGCAGCCUUCCUCAGCCCACUGAUCCUAAUAUGGAAUGCAGCAGGAAACCCAUGAUUUCCUGACACUCGGGAAGCUGGAGGAAGCAAGGGGAAAAAAACUCCAUUAAAAAGCCCAGCUUUCCUCCAUGUUAGAUGUGACUUGGAAAAUGAGGACGAUUUAGCAAAAUUUCACCGUGUCUUUUGCCAGGCUGGAGACAGGGAGAACAGAGCAAAACUCUCAGACUGCUGAAAUUUCUAGGCUGUUAGGAAGCCCCCCGAAUUCUGUGAAACUGAGGGUUUCUUAACUCACACUGACAGCGGAAAGGGGCAGAUCCUUUUCACAACUCCCCCAAGUGUGAGUUACCUUUCUUUACCAGCAUGGUAAGCAACAGGGCAUAUCCCAGCCUCGGACAUGUCUGUAUGAGCCAAGGUUCCCAAAGUCAGUCAGAGUAAACUCAAGCCUGGCACUGGCUUUCCGCCGCUUCAUGUGCUUUGGGAGAAGCAGGAGCAGCAGCAGGAGUCCCCAGCAGCUGGAGCCGCAAGAAUGAACUGCAAAGAGGGAACUGACAGCAGCUGCGGCUGCAGGGGCAACGACGAGAAGAAGAUGUUGAAGUGUGUGGUGGUGGGGGACGGUGCCGUGGGGAAAACCUGCUUGCUGAUGAGCUACGCCAACGACGCCUUCCCGGAGGAAUACGUGCCCACUGUGUUUGACCACUAUGCAGUUACUGUGACAGUGGGAGGCAAGCAACACCUGCUCGGACUGUAUGACACCGCAGGACAGGAGGACUACAACCAGCUGAGGCCACUCUCCUACCCCAACACGGAUGUGUUUUUGAUCUGCUUCUCCGUCGUAAAUCCUGCCUCUUACCACAAUGUCCAGGAGGAAUGGGUCCCCGAGCUCAAGGACUGCAUGCCUCACGUGCCUUAUGUCCUCAUAGGGACCCAGAUUGAUCUCCGUGAUGACCCAAAAACCUUGGCCCGUUUGCUGUAUAUGAAAGAGAAACCUCUCACUUACGAGCAUGGUGUGAAGCUUGCAAAAGCGAUCGGAGCACAGUGCUACUUGGAAUGCUCGGCUCUGACUCAGAAAGGUCUCAAAGCGGUUUUUGAUGAAGCCAUCCUCACCAUUUUCCACCCCAAGAAAAAGAAGAAACGCUGUUCUGAGGGUCACAGCUGCUGUUCAAUUAUCUGAGGUUGUCUGAGACCUGCCUCCACCCCGUCCAGGGGUGAGAAUGGCGCCGAUCUCUGCGGCCAAGCUCCAGCCAAAAAGGAGGGCAUGACCAGAAGGGAAUUCCCUUUGCACGGAGGCCUGCCCCGCCACCCUGUGAGCCCUCCCAACACCACACACUCGUCAGCCCACUGCCAUGACCUCCCUGCCAGCCAGAAGCAUCCGUACUGCACACUCUCUGAGAAUGCUGGACCUGGAUUGCAGACAGCGCCACUGCUGACCAUAUCAGAAACAAAGUCAAAGGCCUUCUUACAUUUUACAUCUCCCCAGCUCAUGAAUGUGAAGCUGAUAGGAAACCACCCCAGGGAACCUGAAAAAGAAACUUGGUUCCUCUAUUGGUGGCCUUACUUGAUGUCUUUUGCAAAACUUGGGACUACAACGCUAACCUUUUUUUUUUUUUUUUUUCUGAAUCUGCUGUUCUACCCACAUUAAUUUGUAUUAUUUCAAGAAAUGUACUAAUUUCCAGUUUACUCAGGCCUUACAAAUCCAUACCAAAUUAGCCUAAAGACAAGGCGUUUUAUAUUCAUUUCUAUUUUCAGCGUGUUUCUACCAAAGCUAUGAGAACCAACACAUACCUCUGAAUGCCUGAUUGUAAGAAGACAUGAGAAGACUUUAAAACUUUUGGAAAUUUACAGAGCCAUGAUUUUUGAACCGGAUUGAAAGAAAGCCAUCUGAAUUGCUGCAGGUCCACAUUUUUGCCAAAGACGCACUCUAAAAAUGCUUAUUAGUGGCCUGACUUUUUUCCAUAUUAUAUUGCCGUGACAAACUAAAAAUGAACUGUGUUUAAGAAUGUAGUAUUUCUGGUUUUCAUCCAAGUUGAUUGGGGGAAGAAUAUGCAGGAUCCAUCUUUUACAGUACUGUAUAUUCAGUAAAGUGGAUGUUCCUGCUCCUCCCUUUCCCCAUUGCAUGCCUUCUUCCCCCCUUGAUUUCACUUUCUCUCAUGCCCAGAUCCUUUUGUUCUCUCCAAUUAUAACCCAGUUAUAAAAGAAAGAUCUGAGCAUAAAAACACAUGUUUAACAGUAUCUAAAAGUUAAGGAAUGUGCCUUAAUUUUUCUAUUUGCUUCAGCCAAAAGUGCUUCUCAGCUUGCCUCAUAUAAGUUCUCAUUUCAUUCCAUGUAAAUGACAUUUUCCAGUUACAACUGGUACUGAGAUAUUGUCUCUCUCUUUCCUUACUCGUCCUCCCAAAUGUCUAUUUGGGAGCCAUAUCCGUGGAUACCAAGCUCUGUAUCCAUUUGUCCCCUGCCCUCCACAAUGUGUGACAUAGAACAGGGACUUGGCCCUGGGAAAGCAAAAGCUCCCAGUAAGGAAUCCUGUGCCCAGUUAUGUGAAACAAUUCGAAACAUCUAGGAAUUUUUGUAUCAUAGAGCAAAUUACUUCCUACCUUGUCAUUAGAGGCUAUGAGGGCUUCUAAUUAGUCUUAGUUGCUUAUAAGUGCCCUGAAAUCACCCAAGUAGGCACUUAAUUUUUUUUCAAUUGCAUGAGCAAAGUGCUUCUUAGUGGUAUGAAAUUACAACAAUUUUAGUUUAAGACUUUCCAGAUUCAAGCUCCCACUGUUGGAAAAAGGCAGUCUUUCUAAUCUCUUCUGCUACUGGAGUAAGCACAUGAGAAUUACAGGCUAGCCAGGCACAGUGGCCCACACCUCUAAUCCCAAUACCUUGGGAGGCUGAGGUGAGUGGAUCGCUUGAGCUCAGGAGUUCAAGACCAGCCUGGGUAAUAUAGUGAAACUCUGUGUCUCUAUAAAAAAUUAAAAAUUAUCCAGGUGUGGUGACACACACCCGUAGUCCCAGCUACACAGGAGGCUGAGGUGGAAGGAUCAUUUGAGCCCAGAAGGUAAGGCUGCAGUCAGCAGUGACUGUGCCACUCUACUCCAGUCUGGGUGACAGAGCAAGAACCUGUCUCCAAAAAAAAAAAAAACACCUACAUUUUAAGUACUAUUUCCCUUCUUUCCCACGUAAUUGCUAAACAUUUUCUUUCAUACGCACACACUCCACUGACUAGAAAACGGGAGUUUUAAGUCAAAGCUUGACAUUUAGAGAAAACAAGGACUUUCUGCCUUUAUAAAUGAAAAUCAACUGUGUAUAAACUAUAAUUCCGCAGAGGUUAUGAAUUCAUCCUUUACAAGCAAUAACGAGCUUUUAGUCCUGUAAUAAAAGAAAUGUUAUUAGGCAGCUUUGUUGCAUGAUUGCAUAGUUACAGCUUGCUAACGGGCCACUCAUUUCUCAUUGAUGUGGGUGAAAAAUUGAAAGCAGUAUGCUUCCAGGUAUGUGCACUCAACAGGCAAAUAGCUCCCCAGGUCACCGCUUCCCUAAUGGGCCACAGAAAGUAACUUGAUCGUGAUGGCGAGAUCACACUCUCACCUAGAACCAGCAACAGGAUGGAGACUGUUGUCAGUGUCUGCAUGAAGCACAGGCUCCCAGGGGUCUUAGGAGCUUACUGAAUAAAACAAUCUAGAACAAAGCAACCUAAAUGAGUUAAUGUCAUUCUGCCAAAUGAAUCAGUUAUUCCUUGUUCCACGGCAAGAUCCAGUUUGUUUCACUAAAAAGUGUUUUCUGCUACAAGAUUAAACUGUCUUCUGAGACCAAAGAUAAGGAGAGACAUAGAAAUUUGAAGAAGGAUCCUUUAAUGGCCCACACCAUCUUUCGAAGUCAAGAAGUGGCAGCUGAUAUCCAUUUGAAAGUAGAGUCCUAACUUUUCAGAGCUAGACAAAGCCUCAGAAACUAUAGUUCAAUUCCUCAUUGUACCAUUGAGAAAGUCAGGCCUAGAUGGGUAAAGUGAGCUGUGUUGCAGCAGUGCUGGGACAGAUCCCAGUUUUUCUGCUUCCUAUACAAUGCUCUUCAACUCAGUACUACAGUGUGUUCGUUAUCACACAUAUCAAGCUGGAGUUCUGUAUGUUAUUGGAGUUGCAGCUGUUUAUUCUAUAGAUUCCAGCCACAUUUUAAACUCAAAACUUCAUGUAGUUAGGCCACUAAAAAUAAAGUAAUCCAUCAAACCAGUAAUACACUGGAGAAUUUGACCUACACACUAAGAUACUGGAAAUCCACAGUGUAUGGCAAUUUAACCGCCAUCUAAUAAUGACUCAAUCAUGUAGCUAUUUACACAUAUUUAUUUCACUCAAAUGGUUGGUUGUUUGGUAGAAUGAAUGGACUCCUUGGGCUAUUUGGGGAACACAAAAGGACUAGGACACAAGUCAAAGUCACGUCCACGGUAAGAAAUCCGGGCUGAUUUCUGCCAAGGAAAGUUACAAAGAAUAAUUACUUGGUCACGUGGGGAAAUUUCGACAUAAAAGAAGUAAUGGAUAAAAGAAAGAAAAAAGAGCAAUUGCUGAAGACGGUAACUACAGCAUCCCUACACCAGAAAGCACUAAGCCAGGAAGUCAAAAACUAAGUCAUACAUAUAUGACAAGGUGUGGGGGUUGGUCCUGAGGCUUCAGUGAGAACACGUCCAAUCAGGAUAUGCGAAGAGCCAUUUGGACAAUUUCUAGUUCAUAAGAGAAGUACCAAAGAAAGUGGAUGUGACCAUACACAAUUUGCACAGGACCCCCAAGAAGGAAGUAGUAUUACAUGGUAGUAAAAAAGCAAUCACAACUACACUCACAAUUUUAGGAGAAAAUAAAACUAAAUCCAGAAUUUGAUGCCAACAAAAAAAUGUCAUUAUUUAGGGUCAAGUUCCUGUGAACACUACCUUCCAAAGUAGAAUAUCUUCAGGAAGAAAUAUUUGACUUGAGUUAAGGCUUUCAAGAUUGCUGUUUUGCAUUCAUAAAGGCAAACUUGUCCUUGAGGCCAAAGUGACAGAAGAUUAGAAAUUGAGGCUCUGCUUUAAAGAAAUGUUGACAUCAUGCUGGAAAUUAUUAUCCAGCUACUUACACGUUCAUUUUUAAACCCAUCUCUAUGUUUAGCUGCCAAAAUGCAAACCGCGCAUUCUCUCUCAACAGAGAGUGCCACAGGUCACCAGAUAUUAUUCUCGCAGGAGUCAUUGAGUAGGCUGUCCAAGUACAAAUAAGGGAGCUCAACAAACUAUUUUCAUUUCAAGGACCAUUAGAAACAGAAAGGAAAAGAAAAGGUCAGGGAAACUUAGUUUCUAAGGAAGGAAGUGAGGCACUUUGGAAAAGAAAAUAUUUAGAGAAUGGAGAGGAAGCUAAAACCAAACACAGCCGAAACACAUAGCUGACAGUUCUUCCGGGAAGUUGGUAACUCCUGCCUGGCCUCUAGAAGCACAGGGAAGAAAGGACUGUUAGCAUGAAGAACACUCUGUGGUUCUGUGUAUCCAAGCAGAGUCAGUCAAUGGGGCUAACCAUAUGAUAACCCUGAGUAAUUCCACCUCACAGUUCACUAAAAAACGAGUGGAAUCUUGGGCAAAGCCCUUUGGGUCUUUAAUAGCAAUGAAGGACAUCACCCUCUCCCUUUCUCUGCUUAUACAUACACAGCAGGCAGUCAAGGAAAACUUGCCAAGAAAUAUGAGUGAAUAAAUGAUUUUGAAAGUUUCAUUGAGCAGGAACGUGAAGAGAAUGAUUUGGGGAUAGCUGGAAGGAUAGUUACUUGUAUGAAUAAUACUAAUUCAUCUUCAGUGAGAUAUUUCUAAAUAGAAAAAAAAAUUGUAUUUAAAAUGUACAACCAUAAUAACAGAAAAAAAAUACAAGAUAAAGCAACAGUUCACGGUGCCGCAAUGGUCGACAAAGACCAGAAAGGAAAUUAAAGCACACGUUCUACUCAGCAGCACGUUAGCCCUCUGAAGCUCAGCCGGGCUAUUUGGGAGAUCUCCUCGCGCUAGGGGAGGAAUGAGUCAAAGAGGGCUUGGCUUCUCUGCGAAAUGGUGAGCUCCAAGUUCAACAAUAGUUCUUGGCUUUGAAAUUCCACUACAGGAAAUUAGAGUAAAAUCUGCACCAUUCAUCUUGGUCACAGUCUAUUUUUUUCUCCUUAGAGGAUAUUAUGUCAAAAAACUAGGGUUGCUUCAGUGUGUGCCUGUGUUUUAAAUAUGUUCUACUUUGAUAAUUUCAUUUUGUUCUAUGAGUUCUGCGGUGACUCAGAACUCCGUGAUACUAUAACUAGAGUAAUGUUGUUGUAUUUUUAGCCAUGUCCUCGAAGCCUCCCAGUAUAUGCAGGGGUAUCUACCGAACAGAAUCUGAUCAGUGUUAUAGGGAAAAUGAUGUCUAAGGCUCUACAAGGAGAGGGUCCCCAGGGCCCACACCUGAGUUGUGCCUUGAAGCAACCUUAGCACACUUAGCCUCCCACUGCCUCUGUGCAAGUCAAUCUUCUGAGCUUAUGUUAGUUCUUUGGGGGAAAAAAAAUAGAAACAACUUCUGAAUAGGGCAGUAUGUUUGGGGCUGCUUUGUGAACACAUAUCUAAAAUUACCUCCAUUUGCCAUUUUUUAAAUCAAUUUUUUUCAAGCAAUCAGAUUCUUUUCUCCUAGAGGAGCUGUGGGCAAGAAAGCUAAUGAAUUCUACAUCCUUCUCGUCACCUGGUUUAAAUUGUUUUCUGCUCUGAGUAAACAGUAAUUACUGCUGAAGUACAUUUCAGCAGAAUUUCAUCCCAAUUGCAACAGUCAUGUUCCUCCCAAUGUAAUCUCUGCAGAGGAAAUGAUCGUCAAGGGAAGUAGGCUGACCUGCUCACGGGAUGGCCUUCUUACAAUCUGUACCUUAUGUAAUGGCCAUUCUGUGUGCCUGUGUCAUUAAUGGAAUAUUAUUUUAUGCAUUCUUUAACAUUACAAUUUAUUUUGUGCCAUGUUCUGACUCUUAAGUCGUUCAAUCAUGUUUUUUCUAUUCA